GAUGUAGUUUUAGUCAUUGCCUUAUUGCAUCAAGUUUAGUAUGUCAGCAGCCUUAGAUAAUCAACAUAGAUAAUGAAUGAUUAUUUACACGCUGGACGGUUUCACAAACUUUAUUUUAUAAAUGCAGCAAUGGUAAUGGUACAAACAGCUUUCAAUGUAGAACUAUUUGUACACUUGCAACGUUGCAAUCAAUCACGUAGCUGGCUGUGUAUCGACUGAUCACUAUAAAUGAUUGUUGGAGCUACCAUUGACUAGUAGUGAUCGCUUCCGCUCCGUUCCCAUACUGCAAUUGCACCGACAUGUUUCUCGCAUUAAACAUUCUUAAGGUUUUCUCUAUUAUUGUGGUCAUUUCUAUCAUACCUGCUGCAAAUGCCCUACAGUGCAGUAACUGUUUCGAUCCCAAGGCCUGCCGGUCCAGCCCUGUGGCAAAGGUAGAGUGUUCCGAGGAAAAUGUGUCCCUUCACCACCGGUUGUUGGGGUACCAAAAUCCAACGUUGGCGUCCGCCAGCGGCGCCACAGGGGAUUCCUCCGCCGGGUACAAGUGUUUCGAUGUCAAGCUAAGCUACACCAGCGCGCUCACCGGGAGCACUGUGCUGGUCGAGCAGAAAGGAUGCACCUACGCUGGGACGGAUCUGUGCAGUGGCUGGAAUUCGGAGAUUGCAGUUACCCGGUGCAGCGUUAGCGAUUCCGGUGAUGAGUGCAAUAAGUGAAGAAGUUGUUGAUUAUGAGGAUUAGCGUGUAGUUUCAUUAGCAUGAUGUAACAAUGUUGUUAGGUUUAGUUUCCAAUUUCUGGGUUUAUUUUUAAUUUUAUCGUUUUCCUUCAGCUAGUAUCCUGAUAGAACGUGCCUCUAGAGCCGACCUACUGAUCCUGAUAGACUAACCCACGGAAUUUUUUAUGAUACAUAUUCCAUGAGAAUGUCCAAAUGAACUGGUAGUACCUGGGGAAUUCUGGCAAAAGUCUACAUAGGGUAUUGGUUCCCUUAUUAAGCAUGUGGCUCCCAUUUUCAUCCUACGAAAAAUAAAGGAUAGAAGCGCUG